AUGGCUACCGUCGACUCAGCCUCUAUGCUGCUAUCAGCAGCUGUCCCAGCAUUCAAAUGUCCCGUUGGGACAAAGAUGCACAUCCUCAACCUGGGAACCCUCCAGGCAGAUGAAUCAUGGAUCUUGCGGGGUGCCAAUGCCAGCAAACUGAGUGAUAUCAAUCCGACAAACAAGCGCCGGGAUUUGGUCCUUCUCUCGGCUCUCAUCGAGUACCCGGGAGUGGGACUCAUUCUGUACGAGACCGGGUGCGCCGAGGACCUAGAAGUCCAAUGGCCGGCCCCUAUAACAGAUGUAUUUCCUCGAGUGGAAUAUUCCGACAACCACAGACUUCCAAAUGCCAUCAAGGCCACCGGCAAUGACAUCAAGGACGUCAAGGCCGUCAUAAUCGGUCAUUUGCACCUCGACCAUGCUGGAGGCCUAGAACACUUCAUAGACACAGAUGUGCCCAUCUAUGUCCACGAAGAAGAAUUCAAGCACGCCUGCUGGGCAAUUGCCACCGGCGCAGACUUGGGCGUCUACCUGGGCCAUUACAUGCUUCUCGAAAAGCUCAAGUGGAACACGUUCAAUGAGUCACAGCUCGAUCUGUUCCAGGGGAUUGUUCUCUACCACUCACCUGGUCAUACACCGGGGCUGUGUAUCAUGCAGGUGAAUCUGGCCAAUGAUGGUCCGUUUAUUUGGACGACAGAUCAAUUCCAUGUAGCUGAGAACUAUGAGCUUGGACAUCCGCAUGGAGGAUUGGCGAGAGACCAUACCGCGUGGUAUCGCAGUCUGAAUAUGAUUCGCAGACUUCAGAGACUCUACAAUGCUCGGUUGAUCUUUGGUCAUGAUAAGGAUGUUGCCACUGCGUUGAUCAAUGAGAAGCCGUUUCAUGAGUGA